AAAGAAAGCCACAAUGUUUUAUGUAUAAUAGUUCACGCGAAUCAAGCACAAUUUACUUAUUUACCAGAACUUUGAGAGCAAUAAUUAAAUAAACAGACCAUGUCAGAGUUUGAGGUGGAGACAGCUAUACCCAGCACCAGAGAUCCAGAAUCUGACCAGGGAGAAGACUCUACUGGUAUAGAUACAUGUAUGGAGACACCUAUAUCCAGCACCAGAGAUCUAGAAUCUGACCAGGGAGAAGAAUCUAUUGAAGAGAAGUUGACCUUUGACAUUUCUGACCCUGAGGGAGAAGGUCAUCAACACAAAGUAACAGUAAAGAAAGAAAAAACAGAUUUUGCAUCCAGGUCAGAAAGUCAUCUUGGGAAUUUAAACUGCAGUGUAAAUGAAAAUGAAUUUGUGAAUUUCGAACAAUCCAUAAAUGCUUGUGAAAGUAAAAGGCCCAAUGAAUGUAAAAUUUGUAUGAAAACAUUUGAUCAUCUACAUGAGUUACAGAGACACAUGAGUAAACAUACAGAUGAAAAAUCUUAUAAAUGUGAUAUGUGUGGAAAGGCUUUCAAACAGUCAGGAAAACUACAGAUACACAUGAGAACACAUACUGGGGAAAAACCUUAUAAAUGUGAUGUUUGUGAGAAGGCAUAUAAACAGUCAAAUCACCUACAGGAUCACGUGAGGACACACACAGGUGUUCGACCUUAUAAAUGUGAUGUGUGUGGAAUGGCAUUCAAAUGGACAAGUAACUUACGGAGACACAUGAAGAUACAUACAGGUGAUAGACCUUAUGAAUGUGAUGUUUGUGAGAAGGCAUUCAAACAGAAAAUUGAUUUAAAGAGACACAUGGGGACACAUACCGAUGAUAAACCUUAUAAAUGUGAUGUAUGUGAAAAGGCAUUCAAACAGAAAAGUCAUUUAAGCAGACACAUGGGAACACAUACCAAUGAUAAACCUUAUAAAUGUGAUGUUUGUGAAAAGGCAUUCAAACAGGCAAGUGAUAUAAGGAGACACAUGGGGACACAUACCAAUGAUAAACCUUAUAAAUGUGAUGUUUGUGAAAAGGCAUUCAAACAGACAAGUGAUUUAAGGAAACACAUGGGGACACAUACCGAUGAUAAACCUUAUAAAUGUGAUGUAUGUGAAAAGGCAUUCAAACAGACAAGUUAUUUAAGGAGACACAUUUGGACACAUACCGAUGAUAAGUUUUAUAUAUGUGAAGUGUGUGGGAGGGCAUUCACUCAGUCAAGUACCUUUCAUGCACACAUAAGGACACAUACUGGUGGAAAACCUUAUAGAUGUGCAUGUGAUGUGUGUGAAAAGGCAUUCAAACAGCCAAGUAAAUCACAAAGACACACGAGGACACACACAAUUGUUAAACCUUUUAAAUGUGAUGUGUGUGGAAAAGCAUUUAACAAAUUAUAUGCUUUACAGACACACAAGAGGACACAUACAGGUGAUAAACCUUUUAAAUGUGAUGUGUGUUGGAAAGCAUUCACUCAGGCAAUUACCUUACAGGAUCAUAUGAGAAUACAUACAGGUGAUGAACCUUAUAUCUGUGAUGUGUGUGAAAAGGCAUUUAAACGGUUAAGUGACUUACAGAGUCACAUGAGGACACAUAAAGGUAAUAAAAACCUUAUAGAUGUGAUGUUUGUGGGAAGAUUUUCAACCAGUCACAGAACUUACAGAGUCACAUGAAGACACAUACACAUGAUAAACCCUAUAAAUGUGAUGUUUGUGGGAAAGCAGUCAACGGAUUAAAUACCUUACAGACACACAAGGGCACACAUGUAGAUGAUAAGCCUUAUGAAUGUUGUGUGUGUUGGAAGGCAUUCACUAAGUUAAUUAACGUACAGGCACACAUGAGGACACACAUAGGUGAUAACCCUUAUAGAUGUGAUGUGUGGGAGGGCUUUUAGCCAGUCACAAAAUUGAAAGAGACACAUGAGGACACAUACAGGUGAAACACCAUAUAAAUGUGAUGUGUGUGGGAAGGCAUUUAUUCAUUUCAGUACCAAACAGAGACACAUGAGGACACAUACUGGUAAUAAACCUUAUAAAUGUGACAUUGUGGGAAGGAAACCUACCAGUAAGGAAACCUACAGUCACACAUAAGGGUAAGAAACCUUGUAGAUGUGAUAUCUGUGGUAAGGCU